GGGGAGAGAGGAGCCCGCAGGGAGAGAGCGAAAGCGAUAAACUGUCGUGCCUUCAGGGAGUUGCAGUUUGAAUUGUAUGGCAUGUGCCCCCCAGGGAUUGCAGCCCGAGUCGCCCGCAUCUGCGUUGUUUUAAUGCUUGAUAACGGCACUUGCUGGCAUUAGCCUUGGUUUCUCACGAAUGAACAUGCUUGCAUUGUGCGGAACACAGUGCGAGAGUUGAAGGCUUGUUCGGUAAUGAUACGAGAGCUGUAUCAUGUUGGCCAUGUGGUGCGAAUGGGGUAUGCUCGCAUUGUUCAUGCCACUGCCUGUCAAGAAGGUGGCCGACGGUAGUGGCAACCACUUGCUGGUAUCCAUUCAGUAAUGAAAUAAUAUACGGUAACGGCGCAGGUGAAUGCAAAGUAUGGCUCGCGCAGUCAGUCAUGCGUGAUGAGGUUGGGGUUCCGUUGGCAUUCGACGAGAACAUUGAUGUUCAAACGCACGUGGACUGUCAUGCCUGCGUUGCGCCGACGAACUUGAUCAGUCGAGGGCGUGUCAUUUACGCCGUAAGAUUGUUUGCCUUUGCCGCGGGCACAGAUCCCGAAUAUUACCCACCACAGGCGUUCCACAUGUCCAAGAAAGAGUUGGCGCCGCAAACAGGCUUCCACCCAAUCGCUCUGGCACGCACUGAUCCUCACCGUCAACAACGCUUCGAGGCCCAGUUUCCGUUGCGCACAGUCCGGCGCCUUGACAUUGUCGUGUAACUCCGAGGUAUUUGUUCGACUCAUGAACGUGACGAUUAUUUCACAGAUCAGGAAAGAGUUGACCCGCCCGCCUCUUCGAAUCGAAGCCGUAGUCCGGUUGGAGUAUAUAUUGAGUUGUUAUUGCAAUGUUGUUUUAUGAGAAAGAUGUAUCAUUGUCGCCCUGAUUGUUUGGGUUUCUUGUGGCUUCCGAGGCGCGACGAACAGCGCAAGGGCGAGCAGCGACGGACGACGAUCGAACAAAGGAGCUCGAAGACGCGAACACCUCACAAUAUUUCGAAAGCGUACUUAGAAUGCUCGCUGCAGAAGCAGCCCAGCGGCUAACUUCUCAGUACUGCAUGAGCCUUGAGGCACUCCACUUCGUGCCAGAGGCACGGUGGCGGAUUUGUGGCACCAAUAUGGGCAGUAGGACAACCAAGACUGUCACAAAAAGUCCCUUCGCGGCCCCUCGGCUCCGGGGGCCCCCCCAGUACGCGGCCCGCAAGAGUGGGCCGCUGCUCCCGUGGCCGUUGGAGCCGCGAGAUCCGCUGGACGGGUCGGAGGGGCGCUGGGAGCGGCGGUCCUCGCGGGCGAAGGUUUCGCCGACGUGGCCCUCUGCGGCAUGGCUGGCACGGGCCCUCGUCCAGUGCGCUCCGGCCAGGGUGUCGAUGCAGCCGCCGAUGGGGCAGCAGAGCUUCGGGGUGGGCACACCAGCUUGCAAUCAAGUUGUUGGAGUUGGGAUGCCUGGUGGCGAUUUCGGACUGGGGCGAUCUGCUUAGAGGCAUCUCAGUACAGAAAGCUUUUCCCCUUGGUUGCCACAGUCAAUUCUUGCCUUCGAAAUCAGGGACAGGAGGAGGAGGAGGACAGCGAUACGUGGAACGCCAGACAUUGAUUUCACGUUCACGUUCAGGCAAAUGAUGAUCAGAGGUAUCUCUAUCGCCAACAUGUCCAUAUCAAUGAGGCCGAAUCGAGGGUGAAAUCGGCACAGCAACGGGGUAUUCAAGAGUUGGGCCACCACAAGGCAGGACUAGUGGUUGCAAGCACGACCUGUUGGCAAGGUCAGGAAGAGAGAGAGUUCGGCAAUCUGCUUAGGGGAGUAAGCCUGCCAUUGCCUCCCUCCUGGGCACUACCCACCGCCAUUAUCAUAGACCGCUUCGCGAGGGACACGACUGGACAAACACUGCAUGCAGUCAAUUCGGCGAGCGGCAGAAUUCGAAACAUGUGGGCGGCGAGGCUGGAGUUGGCAACGUGCGUCCCUCAGGCUUGCUCCUCUUCCAAACUCUUCCAAAUGAUUGCACUCCUCCCCAUCUCCUGCUGCUGUUUCUCCUGGACAUCCUCAUCCGC